AUGCUUGGCUAUAUUAUCGCAACAGACAAAAACGACGUUGUUUUUCUAGAUGGAGACGAAGUUUUCAAGGUAAGAAUCGAAAGUAGGCAAAUGUGAUGUUCGAAUUCAAGCUCCAUCUCCACGAUAUGAUUCAAAAGGAGAUGCACAUGUCGGAAGAUGACAGCGCAUCUACUUCGAGCGGAAUCUUUACAGAUUCUGAGAACGGAGAAUCAUCAAGUUUUACUUUUUUAUUGAUAACCAUUAGGAUAAACAAUUUAGAAACCGAUUCAAUACGUGCUAGAAAAAAGUCUGGACAAGUCCAGUUCAACCCGGCGGAAAUUUCGCACGUCUUUCUCCCUCUUCUUUCCUUUCACCGAGCUUCUGCCGAAUCUUCUCAUGAUACUGUUGAAGUUAUUGAAUCGAGUACCGGCACAAUUCAAUACAAAAAAAAUUACACAAUGAUUAUAUUAUCCUCUGUUUUUUUCUGAACAGUUAGUUUAUUUAAAAAAAUGUGAGAAGUAUUACAUUAUUAAGAUUUAGAGAGAACAAGCGGAAAGAGCUUAUGAAUAACGUCGAGUUGACAUUGGAAACAAACUUCGGACCUUUGAUGAGUUUGUGUGCCAGCGAUUUGACGUCAGUUCGCAGUGGUCGUGAAAAUAUGCGCCUUAUCUAUGACCUCAUGCCGCAGAGGAAAGGGAAAUGUGAGUACAAUUUUUUUAAUAGCAAGGUAAGAACUGCCGUAGCUGUGCGUGUGUAGGACCGCCAACUUUUUUUGCGACUGCCGAAUCCGGGGACUGCCAUUUUUUGGGACUGCCGAACUUUGAGACUGCCAGACUUUAGGACUGUGAGAAUUUCGCAGUUAAAAAAUUGGAAGUCCCAAAAGUUUGGCAGUCCUGCAAAAUGGCAAUUCCAAAAAAUGGCAGUCCCAUAAUUUGGCAGUCCCAAAAUUGGGCAAACCUGAAAAUGGCAGUCCCAAAAUUUGGCAGUCCCAAAAAAUGACAGUCCCAAAAUUUGACAGUUCCAAAAUUUGGCAGUCCUGAAAAUGGCAGUCCCAAAAUUGGGCAGUCCUGAAAAUGGCAGUUCCACAAUUUGGCAGUCCCAAAAAAUGACAGUCCCAAAAUUUGACAGUUCCAAAAUUUGGCAGUCCUAAAAAUGGCAGUCCCAAGAAUUGGCAGUCCCAAAUUUUGGCAGUCCCAAAAUUUGGUAGUCCUAAAAAUGGAAGUCCUUUAAUUUGGCAGUCCUAAAAAUGGCAGUCCCAAAAUUUGGCAGUCCUACGAAUGGCAGUCCCAAAAUUUGACAGUCCUAAAAAUGGCAGUCCCAAAAUUUGGCAGUCCCUAAAAAUGGCAGUCCCAAAAUUUGGCAGUCCCAAAAUUUGGCAGUCCUCAAAAUGGCAGUCCCAAGAAUUGGCAGUCCCAAAAUUUGGCAGUCCCAAAAUUUGUCAGUCCAAAAUUUGGCAGCCCCAAAAUUUGGCAGUCCCGAAAAUCGGCAGUCCUAAAAAUGACAGUCCUUUAAUUUGGCAGUCCUCAGAAUGGCAGUCCCAAGAAUUGGCAGUCCCAAAUUUUGGCAGUCCCAAAAUUUGGUAGUCCUAAAAAUGGCAGUCCUUUAAUUUGGCAGUCCUAAAAAUGGCAGUCCCAAAAUUUGGCAGUCCUACGAAUGGCAGUCCCAAAAUUUGACAGUCCUAAAAAUGGCAGUCCCAAAAUUUGGCAGUCCCUAAAAAUGGCAGUCCCAAAAUUUGGCAGUCCCAAAAUUUGGCAGUCCUCAAAAUGGCAGUCCCAAGAAUUGGCAGUCCCAAAAUUUGGCAGUCCCAAAAUUUGUCAGUCCAAAAUUUGGCAGCCCCAAAAUUUGGCAGUCCCGAAAAUCGGCAGUCCUAAAAAUGGCAGUCCCAAAAUUGGGCAGUCCUAAAAAUGGCAGUCCUUUAAUUUGGCAGUCCUCAGAAUGGCAGUCCCAAGAAUUGGCAGUCCCAAAUUUUGGCAGUCCCAAAAUUUGGUAGUCCUAAAAAUGGCAGUCCUUUAAUUUGGCAGUCCUAAAAAAAUGGCAGUCCCAAAAAUUUGGCAGUCCUACGAAUGGCAGUCCCAAAAAUUUGACAGUCCUAAAAAAAUGGCAGUCCCAAAAUUUGGCAGUCCCUAAAAAUGGCAGUCCCAAAAUUUGGCAGUCCCAAAAUUUGGCAGUCCUCAAAAUGGCAGUCCCAAGAAUUGGCAGUCCCAAAAUUUGGCAGUCCCAAAAUUUGUCAGUCCAAAAUUUGGCAGCCCCAAAAUUUGGCAGUCCCGAAAAUCGGCAGUCCUAAAAAUGGCAGUCCUUUAAUUUGGCAGUCCUCAGAAUGGCAGUCCCAAGAAUUGGCAGUCCCAAAUUUUGGCAGUCCCAAAAUUUGGUAGUCCUAAAAAAAUGGCAGUCCUUUAAUUUGGCAGUCCUAAAAAUGGCAGUCCCAAAAUUUGGCAGUCCUACGAAUGGCAGUCCCAAAAUUUGACAGUCCUAAAAAUGGCAGUCCCAAAAUUUGGCAGUCCCUAAAAAAAUGGCAGUCCCAAAAUUUGGCAGUCCCAAAAUUUGGCAGUCCUCAAAAUGGCAGUCCCAAGAAUUGGCAGUCCCAAAAUUUGGCAGUCGCAAAAUAUGUCAGUCCAAAAUUUGGCAGCCCCAAAAUUUGGCAGUCCCGAAAAUCGGCAGUCCUAAAAAUGGCAGUCCCAUAAUCUGACAAUCCCAAAAUUUGGCAGUCCCAUAAUUUGGCAGUCCCAGAAUUUGGCAGUUCCAAAAUUUGGCAGUCCUAAAAAUGGCACUCCCAAAAUUUGGCAGUCCCAAAAUUUGGCAGUCCUCAAAAUGGCAGUCCCAAGAAUUGGCAGUCCCAAAAUUUGGCAGUCCCAAAAUUUGUCAGUCCAAAAUUUGGCAGCCCCAAAAUUUGGCAGUCCCGAAAAUCGGCAGUCCUAAAAAUGGCAGUCCCAAAAUUGGGCAGUCCUAAAAAUGGCAGUUCCACAAUUUGGCAGUCCCAAAAAAUGACAGUCCCAAAAUUUGACAGUUCCAAAAUUUGGCAGUCCUAAAAAUGGCACUCCCAAAACUUUAGGACUGUGAGAAUUUCGCAGUUAAAAAAUUGGAAGUCCCAAAAGUUUGGCAGUCCUGCAAAAUGGCAAUUCCAAAAAAUGGCAGUCCCAUAAUUUGGCAGUCCCAAAAUUGGGCAAACCUGAAAAUGGCAGUCCCAAAAUUUGGCAGUCCGAGAAUUGGCAGUCCCAAAAUUUGGCAGUCCCAAAAUUUGUCAGUCCAAAAUUUGGCAGCCUCAAAAUUUGGCAGUCCCGAAAAAUCGGCAGUCCUAAAAAUGGCAGUCCCAAAAUUGGGCAGUCCUAAAAAUGGCAGUUCCACAAUUUGGCAGUCCCAAAAAAUGACAGUCCCAAAAUUUGACAGUUCCAAAAUUUGGCAGUCCUAAAAAUGGCACUCCCAAAAUUUGGCAGUCCUAAAAAUGGCAGUCCCAAAAUUUGGCAGUCCUUUAAUUUGGCAGUCCUCAGAAUGGCAGUCCCAAGAAUUGGCAGUCCCAAAUUUUGGCAGUCCCAAAAUUUGGUAGUCCUAAAAAUGGCAGUCCUUUAAUUUGGCAGUCCUAAAAAUGGCAGUCCUAAAAUUUGGCAGUCCUACGAAUGGCAGUCCCAAAAUUUGACAGUCCUAAAAAAAUGGCAGUCCCAAAAAUUUGGCAGUCCCUAAAAAUGGCAGUCCCAAAAUUUGGCAGUCCCAAAAUUUGGCAGUCCUCAAAAUGGCAGUCCCAAGAAUUGGCAGUCCCAAAAUUUGUCAGUCCAAAAUUUGGCAGCCCCAAAACUUGGCAGUCCCGGAAAUCGGCAGUCCUAAAAAUGGCAGUCCCAUAAUCUGACAAUCCCAAAAUUUGGCAGUCCCAUAAUUUGGCAGUCCCAAAAUUUGGCAGUCCAAAAUUUGGCAGUUCUUUAAUUUGGCAGUCCCAAGAAUUGGCAGUCCCAAAAUUUGGCAGUCCCAAAAUUUGGCAGUCCCAAAAUUUGGCAGUCCCAAAAUUUGGCAGUCCUCAAAAUGGCAGUCCCAAGAAUUGGCAGUCCCAAAAUUUGACAGCCCUAAAAAUGGCAGUCCCAAAAUUUGGCAGUCCCUAAAAAUGGCAGUCCCAAAAUUGGGCAGUCCUAAAAAUGGCAGUUCCACAAUUUGGCAGUCCCAAAAAAUGACAGUCCCAAUAUUUGACAGUUCCAAAAUUUGGCAGUCCCAAAAUUUGGCAGUCCUACGAAUGGCAGUCCCAAAAUUUGGCAGUCCCUAAAAAUGGCAGUCCCAAAAUUUGGCGGUCCCAAAAUUUGACAGUCCUCAAAAUGGCAGUCCCAAGAAUUGGCAGUCCCAAAAUUUGGCAGUCCCAAAAUUUGUCAGUCCAAAAUUUGGCAGCCCCAAAAUUUGGCAGUCCCGAAAAUCGGCAGUCCUAAAAAUGGCAGUCCCAUAAUCUGACAAUCCCAAAAUUUGGCAGUCUCAUAAUUUGGCAGUCCCAAAAUUUGGCAGUCCCAAAAUUUGGCAGUCCCAAAAUUUGGCAGUCCUAAAAAUGGCAGUCCCAAAAUUUAGCAGUCCCAAAAAAUGGCAGUCCCUAAAUUUGGCAGUCCCAAAAUUUGGCAGUCCUCGAAAUGGCAGUCCCAAGAAUUGGCAGUCCCAAAAUUUGGCAGUCCCAAAAUUUGGCAGUCCCAAAAUUUGGCAGUCCCAAAAUUUGGCAGUCCUCAAAAUGGCAGUCCCAAGAAUUGGCAGUCCCAAAAUUUGGCAGUCCCAUAAUCUGACAAUCCCAAAAUUUGACAGUCCUAAAAAUGGCAGUCCCAAGAAUUGGCAGUCCCUAAAAAUGGCAGUCCCAAAAUUUGGCGGUCCCAAAAUUUGACAGUCCUCAAAAUGGCAGUCCCAAGAAUUGGCAGUCCCAAAAUUUGGCAGUCUCAUAAUUUGGCAGUCCCAAAGUUUGGCAGUCCCAAAAUUUGGCAGUCCUAAAAAUGGCAGUCCCAAAAUUUGGCAGUCCUAAAAAUGGCAGUCCCUAAAUUUGGCAGUCCUUCAAUUUGGCAGUCCUAUAACUUCGCAGUCCUAUUAUUUGGCAGUCUAAAAAAAUGGCAGUCCCAUAUUUGGCAGUCCCAUAAUUUGGCAGUCCUAAGAAUGGGCAGUCCUAAAAGUUAAAAUGGCAGUCCCAUAAUUUAGCAGUUCCAUAAUUUGGCAGUGCCAAAAUUUGGCGGUCACAUAAUUUGGCCGUCCCAAAAUUUGGCAGUCCUAUUAUUUGGCAAUCCAAAAAAAGACGGUCCCAAGAACUGGCAGUCCCAAAACUGGCAGUCUCAAAAUUUGGCAGUCCCGUAUUUUGGCAGUCCUAAAGUUUGGCAGCCACAUAAUUUGGCAGUCUCAUAAUUUGGCAGUCCCAAAGCUUCGCAGUCUCGGAGAUUGGCAGUCCCGAAAUUCGGCAGUCCUAAGAAUGGGCAGUCCUAAAAAUUAAAAUGGCAGUCCCAUAAUUUAGCAGUCCCAUAAUUUGGCAGUCCUAUUAUUUGGCAAUCCAAAAAAAGACGGUCCCAAGAAUUGGCAGUCCCAAAACUGGCAGUCUCAAAAUUUGGCAGUCCCGUAUUUUGGCAGUCCCAAAGUUUGGCAGCCACAUAAUUUGGCAGUCUCAUAAUUUGGCAGUCCCAAAGCUUCGCAGUCUCGGAGAUUGGCAGUCCCGAAAUUCGGCAGUCCUAAGAAUGGGCAGUCCUAAAAAUUAAAAUGGCAGUCCUAUAAUUUAGCAGUCCCAUAAUUUGGCAGUCCCAAAAUUUGGCAGUCACAUAAUAAAAUAAAUUGCCAUUUUUGGGAGUGCCAAAUUAUGGGACUGCCAUUUUUUGGGACUGCCAUUUUUUGGACUGCCAUUUUUUGGGAUUGCCAAAUUUUGGGACUGCCAUUUUUUGGGACUGCUAAACUUUGGGACUGCAAAUUUUUGGGACUGCCAAAUUUUGGGACUGCCAUUUUUUGAGACUCUUAUGUUUUGGGACUAUCGUAUCUUGGUACUGCUAGUUUUGCAACUAUCGCUUCAAAACUGACAGUCCAAAUAGAUAUUGAGAAAAACUGAACACUCUGAUUUCAGCCCCAAUAUAUAUAAUUUUAAUCUUCUUCAGCAUUGCUCAACGUUAAACACACUUCAUUUUACAAGAACCAAUUGCACGAAGUCGCACCUUUAAUACAAAUUGUAUCAACUCAAUUGAAGUCGGCUGUUGGCACAAACAGGUAUCGAAGCUUUUUUAAAACUGCAAAAAACUAUUUACAGAUGCUUGCUUCUAUCCAGUGGGAAUGUUUUGGCUUCAAUGAGCUCUAGCGCAGAGAGAAAAGGUUUAGUCGAUGGACUGAGUAUCAAAGAUUUGCUCUUUUCCCUGGAUCAGUUACCUAAGUUACCUGAAGGCCUCGAUACAGCGACAGUUUCUCAGGUUCAUUUUCCACGUGCUCUCCGUAAUUCUUGAAUUGCAAUCAACUGACGUAUUCUGUUUCAGUUUUGGCUACGUUCAAAAGACGGUGUAAUACCACAUUACGUAAACGCUCUGCAGUAUCGAUUGACCAGCAAAUUGGAUCUUCUAUGUAUAUCUGAAACCAAACACAAUGAACUUAUCCGUUACUUUUUCUCUCUUCCUCAAGCAGCUCGAACAAGUGACAGAAAGCUUCCGUAUAACAAAGUACUAUUUUAAACUAUUUUUGAAAUACUGUUUAAAAAGAACGAAAUUUAGGAUAAUUUGAACAUCUUUCUAAAAGUGAAACUUUUUUUGUUUUUCCUUUUGAAAAAAAUUAACUUUUUUCAGAGACUUAAAAGAGAUUUCACGAACGGUUUCGGACUUGCAGAGCAUGAUCGUCCGCGAAAAAUCUUACGGAGGUGCCGUUCCAGCGGCCUUCAUGAAAAACCCAACACGCUUGUCCAGCUUCAUUCAGGUGUAAGAAAUGACUGAAAUUUGUAUUGAAACUUGAAUUUAGACCAUCUGGGAGCAAAUUGAAUUCGAACUGAAAAGAAAGAGCAACGAGCUUUGGCAAAAUAACAACGGAAUGUCUAGGCUGUCCUUGGGGUCUUUAAGAUCCGUGAUAUCAAACCUUUCGAUGACUUCAUCAGCGUUUUCUAAAAGUACCCAUCGUAACAAGGUGAAGGUCCUAUCCCUACUAAGAAAAAAAAUCUUGCGUUCUAGGUAUGCUCCACAAAAGCAGACGUUUUGAUAGCAUAUGCCAGAAGACAAGUUGUCACUAUUAUCCACGAACUUUGUGCGAUCAGCAUACACGAAGCUAACAGUUCUACUUUGAAUUCAUUCCAAAAAAAUGUUUCGAGUAUCUUCCGAGGCAACCGUCGUGUUCAUCUUGGCGCCCUUGCUAUUGGUAUCAAAGUAUAACUCUAUACUUUAAAAAAAAAAAUAUUUAAAGGCGACGAGUCACUAG